AUGGCUUUCGUUCACUCUAUUUUUGCUUCACCAAAUCACCCUAUAUUUUCUCCAAACAAAUACUCAGCUAUUCUGGCUGUGAAGCUCAUACCUCAGCAUUCCUGCUCUAGUAAAAACCGUUUUACUAUUGCAUUGAAGCCAAAUAUCCAUAUUUCUGAAAGUGGAAAAUUCAGGGAUGAUCUUCAAAUAAGACAUGCUAAAACGUUGGAGGAAGUUAAGGGGGAACUUGGCAAGGCAAGACAAAGUGCAGACCAUGGCUUAUCUAUGGUAGACUCCAUUCAAAGAUUAGGCAUUGAGCACCAUUUUCAAGAGGAAAUUGAAGCAAUUCUUAAAAGGAGGCAACUGAUGCUUAGAGUUAACAGCCAUCGAGGAAAUGAUUAUGGAGAACUGUCAGAAGUUGCACUUCAAUUUCGUCUGUUAAGACAAGAAGGGUAUUACAUCCAUGCAGAUAUAUUUGAUAAGUUCUUGGACAAUAAAGGCAAGCUCAAACUAACAUUAUGUAAAGACAUAAACGGGUUAAUAGCCUUGUUUGAAGCCUCUCAAUUAAGCAUAGAAGGGGAACAUUAUCUUCAAGAGGCAGAGAAAUCUUGCCGCCAUUAUCUAACUAUGUGGUUGUCUGGAUUUCACGACCAUGCUCAAGUGAAAGUUGUGGCAGAUUCAUUAAGGUAUCCUAUUCAUAAAAGCUUGUCAAGGUUCACACCGACAAACCCUUUGCAGUUACAAAAGACCGGAUUGACAAACUCUUUAAGAGAAUUAUCCAAAAUAGAGACUGAAAUAGUUACCUCGUUGCAUCUGAAGGAGAUUCUUGCAGUUUCCAAAUGGUGGAAAGAGCUAGGUCUGGCAAAUGAGUUGAAGUUCGCUAGAGAUGAACCAAUCAAAUGGUACUUGUGGCCCAUGGCAUGCCUCCCAGAUCCACGAUUCUCUGAAGAAAGGAUUGAGCUCACAAAACCACUCUCCCUAAUCUACAUCAUUGAUGAUCUAUUUGAUUUUCGUGCAAGUAUUGAUGAACUUACUCUCUUUACCGAAGCUGUCAAGAGGUGGGACAUGGCAGCCAUUGAGCAAUUACCAAACCACAUGAAAGGGUGUUUUAGGGCUCUUUAUGGCAUAACUAACGAAUUUGCUUUCAAGAUCAACAUCAAACACGGAUGGAACCCUAUAACCACCUUAGUAAAAUCGUGGGUAAGGCUCUUGAAUGCUUUUCUGCAAGAAGCAAAAUGGUUUGGAUCAGGGUACGUCCCGAAGGCGGAGGAGUACUUGAAGAAUGGGAUAGUGAGCACUGGGGUGCAUAUGAUCCUUGUGCACUUAUUCUUUUUCAUGGGUGAGGGAAUAACGGAGGAAACAGCCACUCUAAUGGAUGAAUUCCCAGCUCUGAUAUCAACAACAGCCACCAUUCUAAGGUUGUGUGAUGACCUAGAGGGGGACCGGGAGGUUAACGAUGAUGGCAAUGAUGGGUCGUAUUUGGACUGCUUCAUGAAGGAGCACCCUGGAGUUUCCAUUGAACAGGCACGAGAGCAUGUGAGUGAAUUGAUUUCUGAUGCAUGGAAACGACUCAACCAAGAAUGUCUCAGAGAUGCAAAUUCGUUACCAUCAUCUUUCACCAAAAUUUGUCUCAAUGCUGCUCGGAUGGUUCCUCUCAUGUACAGUUAUGACACAAAUAGUCCAUCCAAGCUAGAAGAAUAUGUGAAGUCGUUGCUCUAUGGUGGUGGUAUGCAAACUGUUCCACAGGAUCAGACCAUUGUUUCGUGA